AUGAACGCACUUCGACCCCGCCUCACGCGUCUGAUUGAGCGCCCAGCCACGGCAAUUUGCACAACCACUCUCCAUGGCCGUCAGCUUCACCGGCGGGCAGGGAUCAAAGCAGGGACCAAGCCAGUCUCCGAACCGCCCACAGCAAAGACGUCAUUCCGCCACCCCAUCCCAAGCAGACCUUGUGUGCAAUCGCCCCCCAAAGCACCUUGUAGCCAAAGAAAUGGUCGCGCUUUGUACAGCACUGAAGCCGCCGUGAGCGGCGAACCAACCAUCCACCAUGUCUUUGAACAUACAACGGGGACAUGGCAGUACCUUGUGGCCGAUCCAUCCACCCUAGCUGCCGCCAUCAUCGACCCGGUCUUGGACUACAAUCCAGUCACUCAGGACAUUACUACAGCCACCGCCAACGCCCUGCUCUCGUUGGUCAAGCAGAAGGGCUACAGAGUCGACUGGAUCCUCGAGACCCACGCCCAUGCAGACCACCUGACCGCCGCAUUCUACCUCCAAACCCGCCUCGCCAAAGUCCAAGACCACAAGCCUUCCGUCGGCAUCGGCAAGCGCAUCGGCCAGGUACAGACCAUGUUCGGUCAGCGAUACCACGUCGCAGCCGACGAGUAUGACGGAGUCUUCGACCACCUCUUCGACGACGACGAGACAUUCAACAUCGGCAACCUGAACGCCACCGCCCUCCACCUCCCCGGCCACACCCCCGACCAUCUCGGCUACAAAAUCGGAGACAACGUCUUCUGCGGCGACUCCCUCUUCCACCCCGACGUCGGCACCGCCCGCACAGAUUUCCCCGGCGGCAGCGCCGACGACCUCUUCCUUUCCGGCCGCAGGCUGCUGUCCCUCCCCGACACGGUCAAAAUCUGGACCGGCCACGACUACCCGCCCGAAGGUCGCACCGAGCCCAUCUCGUGCGUGACCGUCCGGGAUCACAGGAUCCAGAACAAGCAUCUCAAAGACGGCGUCACACACGAUGCCUUCGUGGCUCAGCGCAAAGAACGCGAUGCGCAGUUGGCGGCACCGAGGCUGCUUCAUCAGUCGUUGCAGGUGAAUAUCCGGGGUGGACACCUGCCCAGGCCGACCGAAUCGGGCCAUCGGUUUUUGCACCUUCCGGUGAAGUUGAACGGGUGGGAGUGA